AUGCAAGUGAAGAAUCAAUUUUUAACUAAACCAGGGAUUGUCUCAGACUCUAUGAGGAAUAAGGUUCAUCGACACAUGUGCAGGCUGGUCUCCCGAGACCAAGGACUAUCAGCCACUCUGGGCGGUGUGGACUUCGGAGGCUUGGGACUUCAGCCUACACUGUUCAUCAGUGCUGCGCACCCUAUAUGA